UGGAAUGAGUUUGCGUACGCGACCUACGCCACAGACUCAGACUAUCUCUGCAAUUCUCUCAUGCUCCUCGAAACUCUCCAUCGCCUUGGUUCGCAGCCCGAGCGACUGCUACUAUAUCCGCGAACUUGGGAAUCUUUACCAACCGACAGCAUCGAAUCUCGACUACUCGUGCAAGCCCGUGAUCUGUACUCAGCGGUUCUCCAGCCCAUCGACCUACAAGAGGUGUCGUCAAUUUCAGCGGCUUCGACCUGGAUGCAUUCUCCUACUAAGUUGCUUGCGUUCAAUCAGACUCAGUUCUCGCGUAUCCUCGCCUUGGACUCUGAUUCCACUCUACUACAGCCUCUCGACGAGCUUUUUCAUCUCGCCGAGGCUCCGGUCGCAAUGCCGCGCGCAUACUGGAAGCCUCUCACCUCCGAUGGCCGCCAGAUCGAACUCACCUCUGCGGUUACACUCCUCACCCCUUCCAGCGAAGCUUUCGCUAGCAUUCAAGCUGCGCUACUUACCCGCGGAAAGGAGGACUUCGACAUGGAGAUCUUGAACAAGCUGUACGGAGACUCUGCUCUCGUCCUGCCACAUCGCGGCAACAUUCUGCUUACUGGCGAAUUCCGCGAAUCGAACCACUCCGGAUACCUCGCGAACGCAGGUGAGGUCUGGGACGCGAAGAAGAUUUUACGAGAGACGAAGUACGUGCAUUUCAGUGACUGGCCGCUACCAAAGCCCUGGCAGCCGAUGUCGAAGCCAGCUUGGGAACAAUACCGGCCGAGUUGCGGAGGUGGUGUUGCGGAAGCUGAGCUCGGGUGUGCAGAAAGAGAGAUAUGGGAAGGUCUACAUCGUGACUUUCGGGAAAGAAGA